AUGAAAAAAGAUAGCGGAACACCUGACCUUUUCUUUCUUUUUUCUUGUAUUUCGGCGAUUGAUUCACCGAGAGGCAUUUCCACAAACACCUUGUGUGCUCUGCACUGAACAUUAAUGGCGAUGAAUCGCCGCCACGGAAACCAGAGCGUUGUCGUUGGUAGAAACAAGCAAAGGAAUGUUGAAGAAUCGAUCGUGGGAGUGGUGGUGAUUGUUCAUGAUUUUGAGAAAUCUGGACCUGGAAAAUCGGCUUCUAUUCAGAUUUAUAGUGGAACCGAACUGGAUCCAAGUACGGGAAACGGAAAGACGAGUAAAACUGCAAAGUUAAAAGAAUGGAGAAGCAAGAAAAAGGGUGAUGGGUCAAGAAUCAGCAACUAUAAAAUCAAGCUGAAGGUUGAUAAGGGAUUUGGAAGUCCAGGAGCUUUUGUGAUCACAAAUGAACAUAAGCACAAAUUUUACCUUAAAUCAGUUUUUCUCCAAAUUCCCAAACUUCAUCCCCAACCAAUCCACUUUGAUUGCAACUCUUGGGUUUAUCCAUUCAACGUCGCUGCCCCUCCUCGUCUUUUUUUCUCGAACACUAGUUAUAUUCCAAGCCAAACGCCGAGACCCCUUGUGGAGCUAAGAAAAGAAGAGCUAAUAAAGCUAAGAGGAGACGGGAAAAGAGAGAACAAGGAAUGGGAGAGAAUUUACGAGUACGAUUACUACGACGAGUUUUUUAGACCUGAAUUGGGCGAAUCCUCCUCCCUUCCAUAUCCUCGCAGAGGAAGAACGGUUCAACAUCCUAACAGUGAUGGUUCCAUGGAUUUACAAAAAUGUGUACCUCCUGAUGAGAGGAUGAGGCAAAGCAAAGUGAAAGAAAUAGUUUCAAGCUCAGUGGAAGCUGCUCUUCAGUUCCUCAUUCCAACCCUAAAGGCCCAACACUACACCACCAAUCAUUUCAACUCUUUUGUUGAAUUGGGCCGCUUCUUUUGGGCCCAAAAGCCCAAAAACAUGGCCCAACUAGACCAAUGGACCACCCUCAGACUCCAAAAAUUUAUCCCACAAAAUCUUUUCCCACAAAUUCUUUCCCAAAAAGAUGACUUCAUCUAUCCACAUCCUCACCUUCUUGAAGAAAAUGAACGUGCAUGGAUGGAUGAUGAUGAAUUUGCACGACAAAUGCUCGCCGGAACUAAUCCUGUGCGAAUCACAUGCUUACACAGAUUUCCACCAGAAUGCAAAGCCAAAGUGGUUAGUACAAUAAAAGCUUCUGAUAUUGAACGCAACCUCGAUGGUCUUCCCCUUCAACAGGCAAUAGAGGACAGAAGGAUAUUCAUGUUGGAUCAUCAUGACUAUCUAAUGCCAUUUCUGAAUAGAAUAAACAGUAGCAAUGUGUUUGCCUAUGCAUCUCGAACCCUACUCUUCUUAAGGACUGAUUCUACACUAAAGCCUUUGGCCAUUGAACUUUCUUUACCAUACUCUGAAGCUGAAGGAGGAGAGAUAAGUUGGGUUUACCUGCCAGCACCUGAGGGCUUGGAGGCUGCCCUGUGGCAGCUUGCCAAAGCUCACGUCGCUGCCAACGACUCCGUCUACCAUCAACUCGUCAGCCAUUGGUUACAUACCCAUGCAGUUGUCGAGCCGUUCAUCAUUGCCACUCGCAGACAGUUGAGUGUUAUGCAUCCAGUCUACAAAUUGCUGAAUCCUCAUUUCAAAGACACCAUGCACAUCAACUCACUAUUUAGAAGCUUCCUGUUGAAACCUGAUGGAAUCUUUGAGAAGAUAUUGUUUUCUGGUCAAUUCUCCAUGGAAUUAUCUUCUGAGCUUUACAAAGAGUGGCGAUUCAACGAACAUGGCCUCCCAGCGGACCUGCUGAAAAGAAAUAUGGCUAUAAGGGAUCCAGAUCCAGGAAACCUGUCCGGAGUUCAGCUCAUCUUCCCUGACUAUCCAUAUGCAGAAGAUGGCCUUGAGAUAUGGACUGCAAUCAAGACAUGGGUCAAGAGUUUCUGUUCAAUCUUCUAUAGAGAUGACGACUCUGUACAUUCUGAUGAAGAACUCCAAGCUUGGUGGUCCGAGAUCAGAAAUGUCGGUCACGGCCACAAGUUCAACGAGUCGGGGUGGUAUGAAAUGACCACACUAUCAAACUUGGUAGAGGCUUUGACAACUCUCAUAUGGACAGCAACUGGACUCCAUGCUGCAGUGAAUUCAGGGCAAUAUGCAUAUGCCAGUUACCCUCUUAAUCGUCCCACACUGUGUCACAAGUUCAUUCCCAGUGAAGGAACAGUUGAAUAUGCUGAAUUCUUGAGUGAUCCAGACAAAUACUAUCUCGAGAUGUUACCUGGAAAGUUUGAAACUGCGCUUACCGCUGCAUUGACAGAGGUCCUUUCACAUCACGCAAAGGAUGAACUGUACCUGGGAAGGAUGUCAUCACACAGCUGGACAGAUAAUGCAAGGGUCCGGCAUAGCUUCAGUGUGUUCAGCAAAGAACUUAAAAAUAUAGAGAAGCGAAUAGCAGAGAGAAACAAAGAUCCUAACCGCAAGAACAGAAGCGGUCCCGCCAAGAUCCCAUACAAACUUCUGUUCCCUGAUACAUCAAAUGUUAGUCCAAAAGGAGGGAUUGCAGGCAAAGGGAUUCCAAACAGCAUAUCUAUGUGAUGCAGAUUCAUGAAAUUACUUGAACUAAAAAUGUUCAAUAAAAAAUAUGGGCAAGAGCAUUCUUUAAUCAUCUACCUAUCUUAAUAUGAAAAGUCUGCUACCUAAUUACUCU